AUGGCGACUUUGCGCAUGUUGUGGAUGGAGCUGGUUCUGCUGGGGGUCCUGGGGGUCCUGCAGACCCAGGCCCAGGUCUCUGUGCAGCCCGACUUCCAACAGGACAAGGAAUGGGGCGCGCUCUGCCAGGCAGACGGCGCCUCUCCAGAUCACUGGGAUGCUGAUCGGGCCGACCGGGGACGUCCCCGGGAGAGGGCUGACGCCUGGUGGGCCCGGGGGCGGCGAAUGGGCGGGGCAAGCCUGAGGGGUGGGCCCUCUGGAGGGGCGUGGUCGUCACGGCAUGGGGGGCGGGGCCGGGCUGGAGGCCGGAGGUGGGGGUCCGGGUGCCCGCCGCUUGCGCCCCGCCGACCCUGUCGCGCUCAUUCGCCACAGUUCCUGGGGCGCUGGUUCAGCGCGGGCCUCGCCUCCAAUUCGAGCUGGUUCCGGGAGAAGAAAUCGAUGCUGUCCAUGUGCAAGUCGGUGGUGACGCCCACCGCGGACGGCGGACUCAACCUCACCUCUACCUUCCUCAGGAAAAACCAGUGUGAAACCCGAACCAUGCUGCUGCAGCCCACAGGGAACCCUGGCUCCUACAGCUACCUGAGUCCACACUGGGGCAGCACCCACGCGGUCUCAGUGGUGGAGACCAACUACAAGGAGUACGCACUGCUGUUCAGCCAGGGCACCAAGGGCCCUGGCCAGGACUUCCACAUGGCCACGCUCUACAGCCGCACUCAGACCCCAAGGGCUGAGCUGAAGGAGAAGUUUGCUGACUUUUGCAAGGCCCAUGGUUUCACAGAGAACGACAUUGCCUUCCUUCCCCAGAAUGAUAAAUGCCUGAAGGAGCAAGAAUAGCCAGGUGACCCAGCCUCAGGACUCCCCUGCUCCGCUUCUUCUUUCAAGACCGUGGCCCCGGCUCCCCAAAGCACCUCUGCACCCUUGGGCUUUAUCCCAGACCUGAGAAAUAAACUCUGGAAGCAAAUGA